AUGCCUGACGAAUCGCUGAAGCUGGACCCAGCCGCCAUCACAUAUUUCGGCGAACCUUUUACCCUCACGCCCGUGGUUUCGGACAUUCUGCGCACUCGUUACUGCGUACCCGGGAGCAUCUUUCUCGUCGAGGGUAUCGAUCGUGUUUCCGUGUCACGUUCAGGACGAUGGCAGGCUAUUCGAUUGAUUCUCGGUGAUGGGGAGUUGUGUAUUCAAGCGCUUUUGGGGAGCGACAUGCAUCGCUUCGUCCAGAUGGGUGAUGUUGCGUUGGGAGCUUAUGUGAGGUGUGAUAUGUUCCACCUCCAAGAGGUUGGGAAGGAGAAUAUGGUGACAUUGAUUGUGGACAACUUGAUCACUAUCGGAUGGAAUGAGUCGUAUCGUAUGUUGCAAAAGGAAGAUGGGCUUGCAGUACGGGAACGACCAAAGCGAAUCCCUCGGUCACGCGCAGAGUCAAAGCCCGUCGAGAAUCCACCAGAGCCCCAAAACGAAUUUGAAGAAGAGAUUCCGGAGGAGCUUUUGGAGCAACUCUCCGAAGAACUUUCAGCAGAGCCCUCAAAAGAGCCUCCGCGAGAUUCUUCGAAAUGGCCUCCCAAACCGUUUGUCGAGGACGAGUUUGAUGACGACGAAGCAGCAGCCGAAGAAGCAUUUCAAGCAUUCCAGACGCUUGCAUUCGCUCCGCAACCCAAAACACCACAAAAGGCUACAGUUCAAGUGCAACAAACACCCCCGUCUGCUCAGCCCACUGAACCUGUCGCGCUCCCCCGUGACUGGCACCAUCCCCAAACCCCCCUCAAACUCACGACUCUGCGCUCAAUCCCCAACCUGCCUUACAAGCAGAACUGGUCCUGCAAUGUGCUCGCCAUCAUCGCCUCCCUAUCAGAUGUUGGACCAGCCAACCUCCCGCCUUAUAGACAGCGAACAGCACGGCUUGUCGACCCAUCUACGUCGAAGCAAGUGCAUCUUACGGUGUUCCUUGACCCUGAGAAGUUCAACCCUCGUGUGGGAAGUGCUGUUUUGCUUGUGGGUGUCAAGAACCAUAGGUUUGAUGGAGGUAGCUUGAAGAAGUAUGAGAGUGAUCGCAAUAAUGGGCGGUGGUGGUUUGAGAAUCCAGUAGAAAUGACUUGGUGCGAUGUAGAGGGGAUCAAGGCUUGGUGGUCGAAGGGUGUGGAAGCACAACCUUGA